UGUCAAUCUUCAAUCGUAUCGUACUGUUAUCGAUUCAAUAUCUAUGAGUUUUGCUUUUGUGGUUUUUUGCUUUAAAAGAAAAUACAAUAAAUCCUUUCAUUUAUAUUCUUGUUGGGGUAUAUAGCCUAUUAAAACUCAAAUGUUGCAUUAAUGAUAGGACGCUCCUGUAGAUGCUCUUAUUUAAUGACAAUGCGGUGGUAAAGGGUGUAAGUUAUUAGUGGUGUGAAGCUGGUUUGUGGCAGGAUGGCGGCUGACACAGCGGUUGCUGCAAGCCCUGAGGAGACGCUAGAGUCGCUGUUGCGAGAAGCUGAAGCACUUAAACAGAAAUUGGAGGAGGAACGACAGAAGCUCAAUGAUGUCACUCUGUCAUGUGUGGCGGAGCGGCUGGAGGCAAUCAACUUCCCCAACCUGAAGCUGAGACGCGUGCUUAAAGGCCACCAGGCCAAGGUGCUCUGUUCUGACUGGUCGCCUGACAAGCGGCACAUUGUUUCCUCUUCACAGGAUGGCAAAGUGAUCGUCUGGGAUGGCUUCACUGCCACCAAGGAGCAUACCAUUGCGAUGCCUAGCACUUGGGUCAUGGCAUGUGCAUAUGCACCCUCUGGGAACAUGGUCGCUGCGGGGGGCCUGGACAACAAGGUGACGGUGUUCCCGCUGGGUGAGGAGGAGCCGGCGUCGCGGAAGCGGACGGUGGCGACGCACACGUCGUACAUGUCGUGCUGCCUGUUUCCCAACACGGACCGCCAGAUCCUCACGGGCAGCGGCGACGGCACCUGCGCGCUCUGGGACGUGGAGUCGGGCCAGCUGCUGCAGAGCUUCCAGGCUCACGCGGCCGACGUGAUGGCGCUCGACCUGGCGCCCUCCGACAUGGGCGACACCUUCGUGUCCGGCGGCUGCGACCGCGCCGUGCUCGUCUGGGACAUGCGCACGGGCCAGGCCGUGCAGGCCUUCGACACUCACCACUCCGACGUCAACAGCGUCAAGUACCACCCCUCGGGCGACUCGCUCGCGUCCGGCUCCGACGACUCCUGCUGCCGCCUCUUCGACCUGCGCGCCGACCGCGAGGUGGCGCGGUACACGAAGGAGAGCAUAAUCUUCGGCGUGAACUCGGUGGAAUGGUCAGUGAGCGGGCGGCUGCUGUUCGCGGGCUACAGCGACUACACGGCGUGCGCGUGGGACGCGCUGCGUGCGGCGCGCGUGUGCGUGCUGUGCGGCCACGAGCACCGCGUCACGCGCGUGCAGCUCGCGCCCGACGGCACCGCGCUCGCCACCGCCUCCUGGGACGCCACGCUGCGGAUCUGGGCGUAAUAUGGAAGUGGAACUGCCGCUCGCCGCCCCUCACAUUCCAGCAUCACCAACUGUAGUGGAGCGCAGUAUGCCCGCCGCCACGUGUUGUCCCCCCGCGACCACAUGCGGCCCCCACGUCCACGUGCGGUUCUUGUGAAGCCACGCGCGGUCCCCUGCGGUCCAAAUGCUCGCUGAGCUGCCGCUGUACGACGUGAAGCUAGCCACUGCACCCCAUUCCUGCACCAAGCCAACUCGUAGUGAUGGAAUUCAAAUCGAACGUUCAGUUUAAAUAGACGCGUGUAGUGUGUUAUAGACAAUACACUUGUCUAUAUGAUCGUACAUUUUGUUACGCGUUUUUGUUAUUACUAUAUUGUUACGCCUAUUAACGGAUAUUCUGUCCCCGAUCUUCCGUGUGUCGGCCACGCGCACUCUACAUGUAUUGUUCGCCUAAUGUGACGCGUUGUAUGUUAGAAUAUGUGGACGUCGAUGGAUCCGUGCACGAAUCACAAGUUUUUGCAAAAAUAAACGGAACAUUCUUGUCAUGUCUCUGAUCAUAGAAUAUAAAAAUGCUUCGAUAUACUCCCAGGAAGAUCCGCUUAAUAUGGCGCUAGUCUUACAGUAAUAUUAGAUGUUAUGCCAAAUUAAUUGUUGUUUAGUUGCGUUUGUUCCUGGACUCGAUGAUAAGCAAAAUUAUCAAUUCUAAAUUUUUUAUUUAUUAUUAUUAUUAUUUACUAUAGAGUAGAGGUCCAGUGGCAAUCGCCUAGAUGCGGUAACGUGGUCAUCGAUACUGUGGCUCGAGGGCGUCCUCGCUUGCGACGCCCCCUGGCGGCCGCAGUUCAAGCGGAGUGCAAGUGUAGUGCGGUUCGCGGCUGCAGAGCGGAAUGGAUGGUUCUGGACUAACAGUGCUGCACUGUAAUUCGAUUUAUAAAUAAAUCUUACGAUUCAUAAACAACAUAUAGGUGUCGCCUAUAGUAUAGCAUAUUUAACUGUCUGUCUCUCGAUGUACAUAAGUUGUAAUUUAAAGAGCUUCUUGGGAUCUUCACAGGCCUCACUGAGCGACCUCACCGUUCCGAGGAUUUCAAACGAGGGGGUCACAGCUUCACAUUCCAGGAUUACGUGAACGGCCGUUUCUCCGGGGUAUUCGUUUCUUGUGUUGUUUUGUGGUUGUUGUUGUUCAUAGUUAGAGGUUAAAAUGGACGUGGUGUAGUUUGCGCUGUUGUCCAGCCAAAUCAUUUAAUAGUGGCAGUUGAUUAUCAAAAUUUUCUCUGACCAGUUUAAGAAAUUUAUGUUGGUCAGUCCCUAGGCUGUUGUUUGGGUAACUCCAUAUUAACGGAGAAUCGAUCCGUCUAUGGUCUGAGCAUGAUAUUCUUUGGAUACACCCUAGUCACAAAUAGAUUCCGAAAUACCAACAGAUGUAAGAGUUAAAUCUAUAAUAGUUUGUGAUCGAGCCUUUAUAAAGGUACCCGUAUGAAUUGGACUGCGUCCCCUUCACUUGUCAUACUUUCAACUAUGAGUUUUUCGUUCCUUAACGUCUACUUAGGUCUGGAAUUAUUGACGAACUCUGAAAAGACCUGUUCUGUGGUUCCUAAAGCAUCCAGCUGGAUGCGAAUUUCCUCUUUGACUGAUCCUGCCUGUUCAAAGAAUCCUGCCAGAUUUUGCGUUGCAGUCAUUCCCGGUUGUAGUAUGAGUCUUAUAUUUGGUGCGACAUUAUUUUGAGUGCUUUGUGCCAUCAAUACAUCUCCACACACUCCGAGGCAUGGAAUCCCCUCAAAUAUCUUGUGUGUGUCCAUAUCGAUCUGGGUAGCUAGAUAUCUUUCUAUGCCUUGAGCUACCGUGACUGGCAGAUUGUGGUCUGCUAGAUAUACCAUUUUGCCGGUUUUAUCUUUGACAUGACCAACCGCUUUCAAAUAUAGAUAGAGUGACUGCGGGACGGACAAUUCCUGCUCAUUCAUCGCUUAGCAGUAUUAUAUUUGAAAUUUUUAUGUAAGAAAGCCUAUUACAGGAUAGACGAAUUCAUAGAUGACAACAUAUCAAGUAAAUAAUUAGUUUAUUAGCAUACAACGUUAUAUUUUUUUUUUCUCAUUGCUUUCUUGAUUUAAUUGAUUAAUUUUAGAAAUAUGAAAGCGUAGCGGUUUUUUGUAUUAAUUGCCGCAUGCAUUCUUAUGUAAAAUGUGAAUACUAUAACUAUCAGAUGGCAAUUGUGAGUAGCUUUGACGUGGUCUAGUGUUUUGAGUAGUCAUGCUCACUAAAAUGUCCAGACUUGUGGCGGCGUGGUGGGCCGGGUCAUUGGGCUCCCUAAAAUAUGGUCGAGCGCAGUGAUGGCUGGCUCAUCCGUCAUACUCGUGAACGGGUGCUGCUUGUAGGGACUGGUCUGCUCUAAUCACUAUGACUGAUUUCCUCUUAUUAAUUGUUUAACCAGUUGGUUAUGUAUUCAAUUUUUUUUUCUUUUUGAGUAUUUAAUUGAAUUAGUGCUAAUUGGUGGUUUGUAUUCACACAAUUAAACUUAAAAAUGUAAAAUAAUAAUAAAAUUAUUUAAAAGAGCAUCACGCAAGUUUCUUGCUCGUUCUUCUUGUGAUGAGACAGCUUUCCGAACGAGCGGUAAAUUAAAAAAAAAUGUAAUGACUUUUCAAAAGUGCUUCAAUGUAAGUUUAUUUGAAUAAAUGAUUUCUAUUCUAUUCUAAUGUGAUCAGCGAGGCUUAUACUCGUUUUGACUUUACAUCUAAUAAUUUCGACCACGAAAAUGAGGUUGAGUAAUACAUUAACAUCUUUUUUGACAGAGAUUUGUUAAUGUUUUUGUCAUCUGUGCUUAGUGCGGAGUACAAUACCUCCUCAGUCACAUUUCCCAAACGUGCGAGCGUUGGGGUGUGUUCGAGGUUGACUUGUAACUCUGACCGAGACGUCAACUCCAAAUACGGAAUUAGCCCACAUUGGGAUGUUCUUCUGUGGAGUCGGCGUAUUAGCCGCUUCGAGUUUAGUGUGCGGUGGAACCUUUUUUUCUAUUAGGCUUGACGACAUUCUUUGGUUUGGGCGCCGGAGUCUUUUUUUCGACUUUGUCGGGAUUAAAGUUCCCUGUUUUGUUUCUGUAACCAGGAGCGAUCCUCUUUAUUUCUUCGCUCGUGUAUGGUUUUGGUGGUUGUCGCAUUUUCAGAUUAGCCUUUUUAGCGUUCAGCGUAGAUUAAUCUGGGAUGUACAUAAGUUGUCGGCAGACCGUUUAUAGCAGUGGUCGUACGAGGAGCCGUGCCCGCGUCGGACCGACUGAUACGGUUUAUGUAGAAACCUCCGGAUGUCCGAUAUUAACCGAUAUCGUUUAUAUGAAGAGUUUGUGGAAUAUUACAAAAGUGUAUAUUUGUAAAGUGAUCAACAAACCCAUUAUACGAGUCGCGGUUGGCGUCUGCUGCGCACCGUAAUAAGUUAUUGUAGCGUUAUUAGCACUUCGUUUUGUGGAACAAUACGACGUGGCGAGCGCGCGGCCGCCGCCACCAGCCGCCACCAGCCGUCACCAGCCGCCACUAGCCGCCACCUCGCAGCGGUUCAUUUUGAAUGCUGAUAUGACACGUGCCAGUCACAUCGGCGCGUGGCAUCGAGUUGGGAAUGACGUUGUUGAAAACGAAACGCUUUGAGUAUUAAGAUAGGGCUAUUAUCCGGCCGCUUAAAUUGUGUGGUCUCUAGUUUAAACUAGCGAGGCCUGUCCAUAUUCUAUAAAGCAUUUCUAGAGAUAGGUUUUAAUAAGCCGACAAUAAUGGACUACUAAUCUCGUCUAUUUAUAUUUGUCGGCCGCACCCAAAAUUGUAUACUUAUAAUUUAUUCGGGUGCAUGUAAAAUAUUACUAAGUGAAAAUUAGUGGAGCAGUAAAAGAACGUAGCUAUGUAUACGUGUUUGCCACGUUCGUGGUUUAAAAAAAAGCUAGAGAAGACAUUUGCACAUUGAAUAUAAAAACUAGAACUAGAAACCAGUAGUUGAAAAUGCUCAAACAUAGGAGAAGGACCUUACAUCCAACACAACUAUGCGGCUCAGUUUAUAAUCUAUGACAUCCUUGGACUAGUCCAUAUCCUUUGGUCACCAUAUUUGUGCUCCUUCGGCGAGAAUGGGCUCUCACCAUUUCCUAUUGUUUAAAGAGUUGCUGUCUUUGCAUGUUAUAAAAUAGAUUGCACGGUGCUCUAUGGCACUCUUCAUUGUCAUCUGUUCCGCUCGUGGUGGAUGUCGGCAAUAACUCUCGAACUAGCUUUAUUGAGAAUAUGGAUGGGCCUUAUUUAUCUAAAAUAAGAAAUUCCAAAGACUUAGUUUUGAGUAUUUUUAGUGCUGUGUCUAUUUGCGUGGUAACCACAGGGAGCACACACAACAGAGGCACAACGAUCUAAUGUUUCUUUGUAUCUAUUUAAUCUGUUUUCUUACAAGAUCUGAUUCUUCUACACGACUGAGGUGCCAAACAAGCAUACGGCCCACCUGAUGGUGAUUGCUUACCAUCAUUACCAUAGCCUAUGAACAUCUGCAAUAUCAAGGGACGCACGCGUUGCUGACCCUGAAGCAAGCUCUUUACUCCCCUUUUUGAAGAAUCUCAUGGUGUAAAAGCCUCUACAGGGAGCUCAUUACAUAACCUACAUGAAUUAUCUGUCUAUUGAUCUAGCUACAUAGAGAUUAUUAAAAGAAGUAUACGAGGUCUGUCCGGAAAGUUCGUAUAAAAGUGUUCUGGAAUGCGAGAAAGAGGAGUGGGGAGGCCAGGUAAGCGCAGGACCCCUUCCCUUAUGUCCCUAACAAUGCUUCAGUUCUGGUCUGACCGCCGUGCGGUGCGAACUGGCUUGUCACGCCAUCUGUGAAGUUACCUCUUAACGAAACCCCGUCGGCAUGGAGCCCGCUUCCGUUAAAGAGCAGCGCGUCGUAAUCAAGUUUCUCUCGAAACUCGGCAAGAAUGGCCGUGAAAUUUUUGCCGAUCUCAGAACAGUUUAUGGGGAUGAUGCUGUGAAGGAACCAACCGUCCACAAGUGGCUAAAAAGAUUCAGAGAGGGCCGAGAAAGAGUUCGAUGUUCGGGGGAUUGUCCAUCAAGAAUUCGUCCCUCCAGGCCAGACAGUUGAUGGAAAAUUCUACGUCGAUGUGCUCAGACGCCUCAAAGCUCGUGUGGCACGAGUUCGUCCAGAAUUGGCGCGAGAGGGGCGUUGGAUUCUUCACCACGACAAUGCCCCUGCCCACACCUCUCUUGUUGUCCGUGAGUUUUUGAGUAAAAAUUCCAUUACGGUGACCGAACACCCCCUAUUCGCCGGAUUUGGCCCCGUGUGACUUCUUCUUGUUCCCAAAAACCAGCCCGCCUGCGAUAUAUGUAACCAUAUACUCUGGUGUAGCACUAGUGAGGGAUGAUAGGUGAAAAUUAAAUGGCAGGUUAGUUAGCCUAUCGUGAUGAAAACAGUCUUCCAGGAGGACCACGUGGAGACCGAUCUACCAGGAUAUAUUGUUAGCAAUUGGACUAGUAGUUCACAAUACUGGGGGAAAGGGAUUGUUAGUAAUGGAGACGAGAAUCCCAUUGCUAGCAAUAUAUAUACCCAACCAGGUCGACCUCCUCGCGGUUCUCUCUGUUAACUAUCAUAGUUAAUUCCUGAUGAAUUCAUCAUGAUGUGCUAACUGGCCUGUUUUCAUUCUCAUCUAUCACCCUUCACUGGUGCUCCGCCAGCGUAUCCCAUUAGCGCAGGCGGGUUACCAUUCCAUUUUCACCUAUAAAAAAAGUCCACAUUACUAAUAAUCCCUUCCCCCAAUGAAUAUAAAUCAGUUGGCUCAUCAUGACGAAUUCGACAAUUAAUCGCUAGUGUUUCUAGGGGGAACCACGCGCAAGUCAACCUGAUAGGGUACAUUGCUAGCAAUGGGGCCGUUAGACUCCAUUACUGACAAUGCCUAUAAGUUAAAUUUUGAUUUUAUUCAUUCGACAUUGACUACGGCUACUUAGUGUCGUGUGUGCCGUGUGUGCUCCCUCACUCCGCGCCUGUUCCCGUCAGAGUAAUUAUAGUUUGUGUUACGUUGCAGCGAACAGUUCACAUCUUCAUGUAAAUAAUAUUGAAGCACGUCGAAGAAUGAUCUUAUGUUUAUUUAUAAAUAGAUAUUUAAUGAUUCCAAAGUACGGACGUCGCGGACGAGCGGCGGCCGCUCGUCCGCGUCGGUUAGCUCAGUGUUAUAGCCACGUUCUAUUAAUUAAUAAACUUGAAUGUUGAA